CUGUUCACACUCAUUUUGCAAGGUUUGAUUCGUGAGGAGGUGGAGCUAUUGUGGUUUCUGUCACAGUUACAAUCAUUCGUCUGCACUUCUGCAUUUCUCACAGAAGUGAAACAUGUCUAACGUGACCGUGGGAGAAAAUGGAACGGUAUCUAAUAUGUGGAACCCAACAUACGCUCUAGUUUUUGGAUCUGUUAUGGUACUGGGUCUGCCUCUCAAUGCUGUGGCACUGUGGAUUCUGUUACGUCGCCACAGCCUCAAAUCCACCAGCGCUGUCUUCAUGGUCAACCUGGCAAUCUCAGACCUGCUGCUCGUCAUCUCUUUGCCCAUGAGGGUCUACUUUUAUGCCACGGGCACCUGGCCGCUGAACAAUAUGUCAUGCAUUUGGAUUACAAUGCUCUUUCGCAACAAUAUCCGCUCUAGCUCCAUCUUCAUCACCUUCAUCAGCAUUGACCGGCUGCUGGCUGUGGUUUAUCCUCUGAGGUCCCGCCAUCUACGAACCUCGUCCAAGGCCUGGAGAGCUGUUGCACUCAUUUGGCUGUUUGUGGUGCUGUGGAACAUCCCAGAGAGUGUGAACUUUGCAAGAUUUUUAAACAGCACAAAUGAAAAAACCUGUUUUGAAUUUGAUCACAAGCUAAAGCCAACAUCAAUAACUUAUAUUCAGCCUGUGUUAGUCCUCACCAUGCUGGCAGUCAACAUUGUGUCCACGGCUCUGGUGUCCUGGACUCUACACAGACGUCUGAAUGACUCUGCAAAGAUCAGCAACAAGGUGAAUGUCAUGCUGAUUUUUGCCAUGAACUUGAUGAUGUUCCCUGUAUUUUUUCUGCCUGUGUCAUUAGCUGUUUUCUUUGAAGAGAGAAGACUCACGGGACUGAUAUGUCUUGCUAGUGUGAACUGCUGUUUGGAUCCGCUGUUGUAUUACUUUUCUUUUGAUGGCUUCUGGAGUAGACAAGAAGAUGUGGACACCUCUAUUGCAAGAGAUGACAACAGAUAGGGACAGGUGGCAUUACUAAAUAAAUAGACUUUAAACAGAAUAAGCAUUAUUUGUUUCUGUGUGGAUAUGCUAUAUAAAGAUCACAAACUGGAAAACUGAACAUGAUAUAUAUUUGAUAACAUUUUCAAAUGAGCCUAUAACUAUUAUAUAUUCUAUUAUUUGUAACAUUCACGUUGUAAAUAUUGAUCACUAGAAAUGCAUGUUUUGAUCUGAUGCUAGGGAUACGAUUUUUUUUGACCAGAUUUAGGUUACCGUAAUUGUGUGAUUAUCUUUCAGUGGUUGUUUGUUCCCCUGCAUGUAUGCAUGUAUGACGCACAUCUGAUGUUUCGGAUCUGUUAAUAACAACAGCUGUGUGUGUCAACCCUGGAUUCUCAGACAUGUUGGCAACUUGUAUUGAAAACAGAAAACAAAAGUUGUUGACUAUGGAUAUAUCUUAUUUAACUGACCUGUUGUUGAUACAACACAAAAAGGCAAGAAAAAAGAAAGGCAAAUAGCCAAAAGCAGUGGUAUACUGGGAAUUGCCUUGAUUCAGUCUAUGUAAUGUAAAAUCUGAAAUUAAAUAAAAACAACAUUGCCAUUACUCAUACUGCACACGAGUGAACUUAGUUCACUCAAUCUGACAAAGGAUGUUCUAUAAAUGUAAUAUUAUGUUUAAAUAUUAUGUUUAAAAAUUAUGUUUAAAAAAAAACUUUAAAAGUGCUCUGUAGAGUUUUCCACUAAACUAACAAAAUGUAAACAUUCAGUGUUCCUUAUUGAAAUUUACAUUCUGUAUCCUGGCUUUCUGACAGGUGUGUUUGAUGCAAGUAAAUCUUUUUCAAGUA